AUGCCUAUUGGAAAGCACAAACGGAAACGAGCUUAUUCCGAGCAGAAUGUGACACUGCUCGCCGCUGCUUCAUCAAUCAGUCAAAAACCCCCAGUGCCCACUGCAGUUCCUGUGACCAUCUCAACCGAGUCACAGCACGGAUCCACAUUCAAUAUUGAGAAGUUAUCACCACUGAUGCUAUCAUUAAGUGUACUUGAUACAAGUGCUACAUACGACAAAUUCUUCAUUGGUGUAAACGGUGACGUCUUUCUGAACGAGCAUACACCCGUGAAGAACCCUUACAUUCGACCAGAAAGCCUCAAAUUUGUUACACCGUCAAAAGGCAAAUCGUUAGAAUUGUUACUUUCAGAGUAUACAAUCAAUACGCUGCUUCUGAAUGCACAUAAUGUCGGUGCUACUGUUUUACGAGUCGGCUCACAAACGCCAGUAUUCGGAAAACUCCUGCGAACAACUUGCACACUCGAUGAAGUCUGUUUAUCAGAUAGCAUUCCUGAGGCUGGCGAGAAGUAUCCUGACAGACAGCUGGAAAUCAUCAUUCGUACUACGAAAGCGCCUAAUGUUCGAUUGAUAGCAGACACUGCUAUGAUAACGGUCGAAGGACGGUCAUUAUUUUAUUUGGAGGGAACGACUCAGAAGAUUGGUACAAUUCCUUUUGAAACAACAAUAAGUUUUAAUUUGAGAACGCAACGUAACAAGAUUCAUGGUAGUGUAUCGGUGGUAUCAAUCGAGUUCCACAAAGACGUGGACUUCUUUGAAGUGCCCGUAGAUUCGCUGAGUGGUCUUCGCGAUGCUACAAAAGGAGCAUUCGAGAAUAUGUUUAACAAAAAGUUGAACAACGGUACAAAAAUCGAAAUGAACGACGUCUCCAGCAUACGGAAUCCGUCGGUUGCGAUCGUUAAUAAAGCGUUGCUGAUACAGACAGAUUACGAUUUACGAAAACAUUUCAACAUGAAUCCACUCAGAAAUCAUAAUUUGAGUUAA